AUGCUUCGAUUAGUAUGUGGCAGUGCCAUAACCGUAGAUCCCAUGAAAAAAAGCAAGUCCACUUGUUCCACACCCAAUAAAGAAUUCCUAAUUGAUCAAAUCAUACACAAAUAUGUCGGCAUGGAUAGAACUACUGACACAUUUACAUCCUCCAUCACUACGAUGUUCCACAACACAUUCCCUGAAGAAAAACAGCUCUUUGUCUCUCCUCACAAAAAGUUAACUGAACGAGAUUGCGAAAAAUAUUUGACCACCUUCCAAAGAAUAUCGGAUCGAAAAUCUGAGUUUUAGGAAAGUCCUCACCAAGACGAAGAAUUUCAUCAUCUCAAGACUUCAAGUGAUUAUGGCUCCGAACACAACUCUUUCCAAGAGCUAGCAUAAAAUCUAGAAUAAGUUUUUGAUUCACCUACUAAUAACGUACACACAGAUAAAAGUCCUGAAUUUUACAACCCAGAAACCAAACUCAAGUCUCUCCCCAAAGAACUUCCUAUCAUUGAAGAAAACGAAGAAAUCGCCAACACACAUCUGAGACUGAAUGGGCUCAUCACCUAAAUAGAUUAGAAAAUUGGUUUCCAUCAAGUAAAUUAACAAGUUAUUGAAAAAAUAAAAGAUAAAUACCUACCCAAAACAGACGAACAAUUUGAAUUCCAAGAUUUUCCUGAAUUCAACCCUUCAGAUUAGCCCAAAGAAGAGGACUUAUACAAUCUCAAAUUCGAAUAGACCAAACUCUAAUCACCAAAACAAAUUAUUGUUAAAGAUCUAAGAGCUUAAGCUAGCAGAAACAUAACCUUCAAUUCCAAUGAAUUCAAUGAUUUCAUUUCAGAAUAGUUUCAAACGGAAGAGUAACUGAAAAAAAAUAGUACCCUUGAAUAGCCAACACAAUAGGAGGAUUAAAAUGUAGCCCUACAAGGGAAAAUUCAAAUUAAGGAGACUCAAACCUCCAAAUUCAAAUUCCCUGGACUCAAUGUUCCUCAAAUUAGACGCACUAUUCAGGCAAUAAUAAUUAUAUUGAUAUUGACACUGUUAUCACAAUUAUUUACUUUAAUAUUAUGA